AUGACAUAUCUCCGUGCCGAACAGCCAGGGGAGGCAUUGGAAGCAUUAAAGAAAUGCUGGCAGCUGCAGAACCUGACUGAAGAACAGAUCAUUGACUCCAAAUACCCCAAGCACAGUGGAGAUAUCGUUCUUCUGGCGAGGAUCAAGUAUGCUCAGGGGCUGAAGCCAGAGGCUCAGCAGCUUGCUUCUAUGACUAUUUCCAUUCGCAGAGGUCUUUUCGGUGAUAAAGGACCCAGAGUAGCCGACUCCAUGUUUCUGGUUGCUCGGAUGGACAUCUCGCUCGAGCCUUAUGGUUUCUCGGGAUCUCAGAACGACGAUUGGGUGACGCUGUUGGUGCUGAGCAGCUCAAAAUUGAAGCUCUGA